GAUGAACAACCAACGAUCUGAGUGUCUGGCAGUCACUCUUCCUCACCACCGCCUCGUUGUAGUGGGGGGAUACACCAAGAGGAAUAGGUUGACUACUGAUAGUGUUGAGAUUUCUGGGACCCGUACAACUUGCAAAAACGUUUGCAUUCAUGCCCUAGGCUCAGAGAUGCACAUUCAAAGAAAACAUAAGGGGUUAAAAAAACUUCGCCGUUCCAAAUCACUUGAUCUUACUUCAACCACAUUAGUCAAACAAUUAUUUACUGCUUCAAGAGCUCUUUCUACCACAUCCUUGUCCUCUGCAGAGGUGACAGUACAAAAUCUCAGCAGCCUUACUCCAACCAGUCAGCUUAAUAACCCCCCGUUUUCUAAAUGUUUCUCUUCUACUUCCAAGAACAAAGAUGGCAAUGAAGGGGAGGUGAGGAAAUUACGGUGGUGGGAGGGAGAAAAUGUGCAAAAGGAAAUACGGAGAGGAGCAGCAGUAGUGCAUGAAAACAGAGCCUACUUCAGACCAGCUUAUUCACACAAGGUCUACUCAUACCAGUGUAUUGAUGGAAAUGAAAAAUGGUCUCGGUUACCAGAUAAUUGUAACCAGAACUGUGGUCUGGCAGUUAUUAAUGGCCUUCUUACUAGUGUUGGUGGUUGGAACAAUGGUCUUACAAACACUCUCCUGAGUCUCAGAGGAGUAGGUGAGAGCCAAGAGUGGUUUAAAACCUUCCCAUCCAUGCCUACACCACGUAGCCAUGUUGCUUGUAUCACAAUUGAAGAGGCGUUAGUUGUAGCUGGUGGUCUUGGAACAAAUUAUGAAUUCCUUGACACUGUUAUAAUCAUGAACACCAACCCUAUUAAUAAUAUGCAGUGGACCACUGCAACUUCUCUUCCACGAAGAGGGAUAUUUAAUGCCACUGAAUGUAUGGGUACGCUGUACCUUAUAGGAGGCUGUCUCACUGAUUCAAAGUCUGUCUUCACCUGCUUUGCUUUGGACCUCUUCAUGUUAUCACAUACUAGAUCAGAAUCUGCUUUCGGAGCACCAUUACCAAGUUGCAAUAUUUGGAAGGAGAUCAGCAGUUUACCAGUCGUAGGGAUCGACACUUGUUUCAUGUGGUAAUGAUGUGUUAGCCAUUGGUGGGAGGGAUGAAUCAGGCUUCAAUACCUCUAACGUGUAUAUGUAUGACUACUUAUCUGACACUUGGACCAUCACUAGUCAGAUGAAGAACCAACGAUCUGAGUGUCUUGCAGUCACUCUUCCUCACCACCGCCUCGUUGUAUUGGGGGGAUACACCAAGAGGGAUGUUGAUCCUGUAGAAAUUAUGUCUCUUGGCCAUCAUAGACCUUUCAAAAUAGUACCUAGUGAGGCUGACGUCUUCUAUAACCAGAGAGAACAAACAGCUGUUGCCUCUGAAUUCUGUACUCUUCCACAACAUUUUACCCUAAUCUCCACCUUAUCCCACUGCACAAGUGAGGGUAGAAUGUUCACAGACGAGGCCAAUGACUUCAGUCUGGAGAUCCCAGAGGGAGCCAUUCCUGAGGGAGAGAGACUCACUGUUGAUGUGGCAGUUUCUCUUUUCAGCCCGUUCCAAUUCCCAGAAGGUCUGAGACCCGUGUCUCCCGUGUUCUGGGUGUGUGUCCGUGAGCAAAGAAACUUCCAGUUCUCCAAACCUGUCUUAGUCACCAUCCCUCACUUCCUAAAUAUUGAAGAUGACGACGACAUCACAUCUCUGGGUCUCACUUUCCUCAAAGCAGACCACAACAAGAACUCUGAGGGUCUGUAUGAAUUUAAGCAAACACCAGGAGAGAUGGACUUGAAAACUACAAAAAGACUUGGUGUUAUUAAAAUGUCACACUUUUGCUCUCUCUGUCUUGCCUCAAAAGACAUACCGAAAUGUUUAGAAAAAGCAUCGUUUUGCAUUACAGCAGUAUUACCAAUAUUCUCAGUACCAGUAGGCAAGAGAGCUCAAGCUCACUUUUUCAUCACAUUCUUGAAUCUAAAAACGUGCCUUAACAAAGUCAAGGAUAUCAUUAGAAAUAUGAACUUAGAGGGAUAUUGCACAAAACGGAGGAAAUUCCAGUUCAAACCGAGUACUACAGCUGCAAUAGAGAUUGUCAUAAGUAAUCCGUGCUGUGGAAUGAUUGGGCUGGAUGGAAGCAAAAAGAUAUUUAGAAGUGAAGUGGACUUCUUUGUUAAAAGAAGACUAUCACAGGGAGAACUAGAGUGUCUAAAGAGUGAUGAUUUCUAUCCUCCACGAUUUGACGUGUUCUUUGCCUCCUUCCAGGAGAAUGCAACACUCAGUGAUGGCAAGAUUGCCUUCAGAGGGGCCACUAGUGACAUUGAAUUUAAUAUCCAUCUCGAUCUUCCUCACCCUAGGACCCGUCCCGUGGCUAGUCAUGCUCCAACUACAGAAACGAGAGAUAUAGGUUCACAGACGGAGGAGCUUCCAGUAGGUAAUUCUGUGGCUUCACAACUGGCUAGUGGUUCAAAUGUGCACGAGUGUAGCGAUGCUCCACCUAAUCUGUUCCCUGCAUCCAUUAGCCACAAGACUGGACGACUAGGUAAUCUUUGAGCACAGUCGAGGACAUAAGGCUCUACAAGCAAAUACUUUUAUUGAUGUUGUACACAUGUGCUGAUCAAUCUGUUUUGCACACUACUACUACACAUACUUAAUUAUUAAGUUCACACCUAUUAACCAAAACUGUAGCAUUUGUUACUGCAGUUUGUGUUGUGUCGCUUACCUAACAAAAAAAUGAUAGAAACCCACCCAAAGCAGCUCUUUUUAGAAAGAGUUGUCCAAGGUAUUACAUUUGCCUCGGUGCCUCCAUGCACAACUACAUUUGCUCUGCAUAGACUAUAUAAUAUCAGCGUUGCAAACACAUUCUUUAUGUGGCACAUGCUCUUCUGUUUACAGACAUAAAUAAAGAUAUCCCCAUUACCAAGAGAUGCCUACAGCAUCUGAACAAAGAAGAGUUGAAGCAGCUUUUUCAAGAACUUGGCCUUUAUCACGCAACAGUUAUGGACAAUUUCUCAGACAGCAGUCAGGGUGGUUACGCAGAGGGUCUGAUUCGGUCAUGGAUACUGGGAAGGGAUGGAGUCCUGACGUCAGAGGUGUACAGAGGAGGAGCAACUCGGGAAAACCUCACGAAAGCUCUCAGAACUCACAACCAUCAUGGAAUAGCUGAUAGCAUCAUACCAUUAUAGAAAUGCUACAUUCUCUAUCAGGAAUAUUAAACAUUGUGUAUAUUAUACAUUGUUUUGUCACUUUUAGUCGUAGUUGUUUAAUUUAUUGCUUGGAUAUUACAAGUUUUAUACUUAGCUACAUUUGUAUUUCUCCCUCAUUAUUUACAUAUUGCGUUGUAUAUAGGGAAAAAUAAAAAAAUAUAUAGGGGUGUUGUUAGAGCAUCGGUAGACCACCC